GCACACACACACGCUGGAACCCCCCCUUCUCCCACACCCACCCUUGUACUGGAGCCAAAAUCACACGCACGCACACAACAGGACUUCUGAACUCCAAAGUGCCACUGUCCCCUCUCGGACCCCUGACCAGGCCCAUUCGCUCUCCCUCCUGGCAAUGUGGUGCAGUCGUAUGGCGCUGCGUCGGAUCCAGCGGGUCGCUGCCGUUCCGCUGACCGGCCUCACAAGCGGCGCGCUGAGGAAGAUGUCGACCCUGCAACGGGUGUAUGUCACCCGACAGAUCCCACCCGAGGGCCUGAGGAUCCUCCGUGAGUCCGGACGGGUUACGGUUGACCUGUGGGACUCCGACGACGUCCCGGUGCCCCGGGAGGAGCUGCUGCAGCGGGUCAAAGGCGUCGACGGUCUGGUCUGUGUACUGACGGAGAAGAUCGAUGCAGAGCUGCUGGACGCUGCAGGUCCAAACCUGAAGGUCGUCAGCACCAUGUCGGUGGGAUUCGACCAUCUCUCUUUGCAGGAGCUGAAGAAGAGACGGAUCCGUGUGGGUUACACGCCGGACGUGCUGACCGAUUCGGUGGCUGAGCUGACUGUGGCUCUGCUGCUCACCACCUCCAGGAGGCUCAUAGAGGCCACGCACGAAGCCAAGACCGGCGGCUGGGGCACGUGGAGAACCCUGUGGCUGUGUGGACACGAGCUGGCCAACAGCACGGUGGGGAUCCUGGGCCUGGGGAGGAUCGGUGUGGCGAUCGCCGAGCGCCUGGUUCCUUUCAAGGUGAAGAAGUUCAUCUACGCGGACGUGGCCCCCCGGCCGGAGCUGGCCGCCCUCAUCGGCGCAGAGUACGUCUCCUUCGACCAGCUGGCGGAGCGCUCGGACUUCCUGGCGGUGUGCUGCGCCUUGACGCCGGAAACCAAGGAGAUCUGCAACAAGAGCCUCUUCUCCAAGAUGAAGGACACCUCCAUCUUCAUCAACACAAGCAGGGGUGGCGUGGUGAACCAGGAGCACCUGUAUGAGGCCCUGCUCACCGGCCAGAUAGCGGGAGCCGGGUUGGACGUGACUGUUCCCGAGCCCCUGCCCACGGACCACCCACUCUUCACCCUGAAAAACUGUGUGAUCCUCCCACAUAUCGCCAGUGCCUCCUACACCACCCGGAACGCCAUGUCCGCCCUGGCGGCAAACAACCUCCUGCUGGGCCUGAAGGGCGAGCCGAUGGUCAAAGAGCUCCAGAUGUGAAGAAGAAAAACAGCAGUUUGCUUGUCUGCCUCAUCAUUUAUGUAGAAGAUACAAAUAACAACCAUCUUUAACUUGUAAAACGAUUGUCUUAUUCUUGUGUGUGCAUCAGCUGGCGUUUCCCCCCAAAAACCGUCAUCGGCAACAAAACUGCACUUCCUUGUUUUUAUUCAGCGUACACAACAACUGAACAUACUGUACAAUCUUCGUAGCCUUCAACAGUGAAGAGACACACAUUUAUUCCUCUCGUGGCUAUUAUUUUAAGUAUAGACAAAAACACAAUACUUCAGAUUUGGCAUAUUAACAGAAGCCCAGCUUUUCAAGCAUCAGGGCGUAAGGCAUUGACUUUUAUAAUAAUUGUUUUAAUGCAUUUCAACAUUUUGGCAUAUUCAUACAUGGGGGAAACAGUAGAGUCAGUUUUCACAUUAACAUCUUUUAAAAGACAGCAUCAUAAUUACACUUGACCACUAAUUCCCCGCCGUCGGAACCGCGUGGCUCACGUCUGCAGGGAGAGACACCCGACGGAGCGCCCGGGUCACCCGCCAACGGGUUCGUCAAAUCAAAUGUCCUCUGUUAACAGGACUCUUAAAAAAGGGACAAGAGAAGGUGCGGACCGGGAGGCGCCGGCCGCUUGUUUCUCAUCGAUGCAGCAAACGCUCAAGUACACAAAAAGGAAAACGUGUAGGGUGUUUUUUUUUUUUUUUACCAUUUCGGUUCACUUAAACAACGCAUGUGUUAUUUUAUUUUUUACUUACUCCAAUGGAUUUGAAUGGAUCUGCAGAUACACAUUGACAUUAAAAUGACACACUAUAAAAAUAAACAGCUACAGCUCACAA